AAGAAAAAUAGGCCGUGCAAGAGGCCAAUCGAUUUCGGAAUUGGAUAAGUUCGAUCUGAAAGAGCUCUUCUCCGCUAGCGGCGCAAAGAAUCGCACACUCUUCCGCUUCGCGUCCAGUCAAUUCGCCGUAAAUUCCGACCCCAACAAACGCGAGAAUCUGAUUGGUCCCCACACCACUGCGGCCACAGUCGGCGGCAAUGGUGUGGGGGGGGGCGUGUCUCGGGCGGUGGUCUGUGACCCGAGUCCGUUGAACUUCGCAUGUUUUUACAAGCCAGUGAUAGCCUUCUGCAAGGAGAUGGAGGCCCGCUGCCACUCCCCGUCCGUGGCAUCAUAUCAACCCUGCCACGUGCCAUCAUUCAUCUGCGUUGCUCUUAUUCUCAUGCAAUCGCUGCCCACCCACUGGCUCAGGGACGCGCCUCCGCUGCAGGUGUUCAUGUCUAACUUUGGGAAGGUGCAGUUUCUGGACUUUAUUCGCAACGAGAGUUUGGACAGACUCAAAGUGGCCGUGGAAGAUCCGGACGCAUUCGCCGUUGUCGGUGGGCUGAAUUCAGAUUCCAAUGGACAUAAAAAGAGCUUGUUGGUGAAGAGUGUUGUCGUAGUUGAAUGCAUCCAGGACGAUCUACAGGCCAUUGUGCGGCAGUUGCCUGAGUUUAAGAGCGAUAUCAUGGGCAUCAUGUGUGACCUCCUGGAACACUACCAGUCAGCCUGCGAGGAGGUGUACACCGUAGCGUUACCUACCUAUCCACCCAGCAUUCCUGGUGACCACCUGCGCUUCAGGCAGAUGGCGUGUGGUUUCUCUGUUUUGGCCGUGUCAACGGUGAGCGAUGAUUGGAGCAGAAACGAAGAAAUCGAACAGAUCAUCAAGCAGUAUCCUGCGUGGCACAAGAUGAAGGAGCAGUUCACCAGCAGCAACCUGCCGAAGGUGGGCGAGGGCUUUGACAUCGAUGGGGCUACCAACAAGAACCUGCAUUUGAAGGUAGGUAGUGGUGUACACGGGGAGAACAACGUGCAUAGGAGGCAAUUCAAGGCUGAAAAUGAACUGUUGAGUGCGAUUGCCUUCCGCAGAACAAAUAUCAUCACACACGUGGGGUCCUUCACAACACUGGCCUGCAUGCACCAGAGUCUGGAAUGGCUCGCAAACAAAAUUGGAGUCGACUCGCAGCAAUCCAAACACCGACGCAUGUCUGUGAUUCCAACACGAGCAGUGCCACGGAAGAGCAUUAAAGCACUUCAGGGCGACGGACAGGCCGAAGACUUCAAGCUACUGCAGACAUACAAGGGGUUUCAGGAUAUAUCUGACAGGUGUAUGCUGGCGCUCAAGAUGGAGGUCCGAUGCCAGGUAUACUACUAUCUGAUUAUCGUGCUGCAGAAGUCGGUCUACUUCCUGGAUGAAGAGCCCGCUCAGCCCGACGCGAACGUCAUGUUACUUAACGACUCGCUGGCCAACAUAGAGGACGCAAUUGAAAACUAUCUGCCUGCCCAUAAAGUCGAAUUUGUGUUUGACCAAGUGGCAGAGCUCAUGUGCUUUGUGCUGAUGACGUAUGUGGACCAAAUCAAGAAGGUCAACUCUCGCGGGGUCAGUAAGAUGUACCGAAACAUCUUUGGUCUCAAGCAGAACUUGACCAACAUCACCAAUAAAUACAGUGAUGAAUUCGUAAAGACCAUCCGAUACUACGAGCUCUUGAACCUCUCACCAAAGGAAAUCGUUGACCAGGAAACGCGCGACAAGACACCCGAGUUUACACUGGAGGAGUUUAUGCGACUGUUCUACGUGAUUCACCAGUCCAGUCCGGCCACGGAAGCGUCCACUAUAAAUGAGCAGAUCGGCCGACUCAAGCGCAACUUCGAUAUGAACGAAAGGGACAGAGCCAGCAAAGCAAGAAGGAGACGCUCCACUCUUGUUAAACACCCCGUACGCCGGCCUUCUAUGGCCGCUGCGAUGUUCUCGGGCCUGGCACCACCAACCAAUCACAACUAAUAAUAAAAGACUACGGA